AUGUUCAUUCUCUCCUCCCUCCUUUGUGCGCUCGUCGCCUCCCCGCCCGAGGCUUGCAAGGCGCUCCGAGGCUUCUACGAUGCCAUCGGCGCGAAAGACAAAUCGCCGUCCUUCAAGGACACGAGCUCGACCUGCUGCGCCUUUCUCGACGUGAGAUGCACGCAGCCGGAUGGCUCACCCAGCCCGCCCCUCGGCCAAAAAGAAGGGUGGAAAGCGGGCGCCACCCUGACCAAGAUCAAAUUCCGGGGCGGCACCGAGCUUGGCGGUAGCGGCACGCUGCCCGGCGCCCUGCUGCUACCGCUCGCCGGCACGCUCGAGUACCUCGACUUGGGCAAGGAUGGGGACCGCUCCUUCUCGGGCACGCUGCCUGCGGAGCUUGCCCAGCUCACCGCGCUCCAAAAGCUGAGUCUCACCACCGGCAAGUUCAGCGGCACCAUUCCGCACCAGCUCGGCCGGCUUCCCGCGCUGGAGAAGUUGACGCUCCUCUCCAAGCGCCUCUCGGGGACGGUCCCGGGCGAGCUUUGCCACAGGUCGGACGGCUCGCUCAGGAAACUGGUUCUCGACGACAACGUGAAGCUCUCGGGAACGCUGCCGCCCGAGUGCUUCCUCUUGCCCACACUCGAGGAAAUCUCCGCCAAGAAGACGCGCAUCUCCGGCACGCUGCCAUCUCGGGCACGCUGCCAGGGGGGCGUCAUCUCGUGCAGCGUCAUGUCGCCUCCACUGCCGCCUCCACCGCCGCCUUCACCGCCGCCGCCGCCUUCACCGCCGCCGCCGCCUUCACCGCCAUCGUUGGCCUCUGACACGGCUGUCGUCGUCCUCCUCAUCUGUGCGAUCGCCAUCCCGGCCGCGGCCUGGCUGUUGUACACCCUGUGCAAGCGCGUCGCCAUCACCUCGACGGUGGUGGUUCCAAAGAUGACCGAGCUCGACUCCGCGGCGGUGGAGCACAUCCCGGAAGGGGAGGCAAGGCCGACGCACUACAACUGA